AUGGUGCUCGUUGGCAGUAAGAUGUUCCAGUGUGUUUCAUUCCUCAUGGCGUCCGAGAUUGGAGGGAAAUCCAUGAGAAAGAAGUUCAUGGGUUAUGGUACUUCGGUCGAUGUACUUUCCGCCUUUGUGUUCACUUUCUGUCUGCCCUACCUCCUAAAAAAGCCAGGAGCUGGGCUGGGUCCCAAAGUCGGCUGGAUCAUAGCGGGUGAUUCUCUGUUCGCGUUCAUAUUCGCAGUGUUCUAUGUUCCUGAAAUCGCCGGUCGAUCCCUAGAAGAAAUGGACGAGCUAUUCGAAUUGCGACUUUCGGCCUGGCAAUUUAAGAACGCUCAAACAACCGGUGUGGGUCACCGAAUCGCACAAAUGGAAGCUGGAGAAGUCGCUGGAAACAAGCUGGAAAUGGAUGAUCUCACUGUGAGUGUAUAG